CUGCUGGGGGGCCGGCGGCACCACCCGCUGCAGUAUGCCGCCAUGGGGCCCGUCUGCGCCGGGGCCGCCUGCAGCAUCGCCGGCGGGCUCCGCUUCCACCAGCCCGGCUGCGGCUUCCUCCUGGCCGCCACCGUCCUCCGCGCCCUCAAGUCCAUACAGCAGAGUCUGCUGCUGCAGGAGGACCGGCUGGACGCCCUCUCCCUGCUCUGCCUGACCUCCCUGCCCAGUUUCUGCCUGCUCUUUGGGGCGGCCGUGGCGCUGGAAGUGGGUCCCUCCUGGGAGGCCGUCCUGCGCUACGACGGCACCCUCUGGGCCUGCGUCCUGCUCAGCUGCCUGGGCUCCGUCCUCUACAACCUGGCCACCUUCUGCAUCCUCUCCCUCACCUCCGCCCUCACCGUCCACAUCCUGGGCAACGUCACCGUGGUGGGCAAUCUGCUGCUCUCCCGCCUCCUCUUCGGCAGCCACCUGAGCGGGCUCAGCUACCUGGGCAUCGGGCUGACGCUGGCCGGGAUGUUCAUGUACCACCAGCCGGACCUCAUUGCGGCACGCUGGGCGGCACGGCCGGGACGAGGCCCCCCCAGGCGGGAGUAG